UCCACUGCUUCUCUUGUCAAGAUUUUUGCAAGUGUGCUACGUUUACUCUCUCUGUAUCGAGGAAUUAACAAUGGCUGUCUUUUCAAAGCUUUUCAAAUCUGCAAAGAAGUUCUCUAUCAAGACUUUAAAUCAAACUCCUCCAUCAUCAAGUUGUGAUCAUCCUCUCAAAAACUUGAGAGUGAAAGCUAAGUUGCUGCUUCCCCUGGUCUCUCUGCCAGAUGUGCAACCAGCCUUGGCUCUGUUCAAGGCAGGAAUUUGCGAAAAGAGGAAGAGAAAACCCACUGUCACUAUGACACUGUCUCAUGACUGUAUUAGCCUGAGAAAUCACAAGGAUUGGGCAGUAACAGAGGCUGGUGAUGCCCUCCUCAAGUUUCCCUAUGAGAACAUUGUGACUGUUGUGCUAACUGAGCGAAAGAGUGAGGUGGCCAUUGUCUGCAAGAGACCAGACAACCACUACUGGUGUGCGUGUCUCAAUCUCAAAACUGCCAGAACAAAGGGACUUAUCUCAAGAACCAGGAAGAUCACUGGCAAAGAGGUGCAGCGAGUUAUUGAGAGGCUGCAAUCUAAUGAUGACUUCUCAGGUUUGUCCAAGGAGCUACCGCCACUGAUCUCUCAGAGCAACAGCUUCUUUUACAUUGACUGUAGCAAUGAUCAUUUGCGAUCACGUUCUGAUGAGACAGUUGGAGAAUUGUUAAAAGAGUCGUCGAUGUUAUCGAUUGUAUCGAGCGACAGCUUUUACUACAUUGACUAUAGCAAAGACAAUUCGCAACCUGAACUAAACUAUGUUGACAAUGAUACCCUCGAGAAGUCCAUCACUCCUCCACUUAGUGUGUCUUGUUCCAGCAUCCUCCCUGCAAUCUCUGAGCAAACUAACGAUGUGUGUAACAACUCGAUAUCUGACCAAUCUGAACAAGAGGAGGAGACAAUCGAUUUUGAUGAACUUUUCUACCAGCAUUGUGAAUGUUGCAUCAAACCCUGUGGUGAAGACUGUCCGAUGUUCCCCGUUGCAACUGCUGCGCCAGCAAGCAAUCAGCGCCAGCAGUUCAGAAAGCCAACACUCUCAACUCCCCUCAGCUUCUACAAUCCCCAGCAACAGCCUGCACCUUACAGCUACUACUGGGAUCACAACACUGGUUCCUACCAAUUACUGCCUGCAGUACAGCCUCAGCCAUACAGGUACUCACCUGCCGAUGGACAAUACACCGACUCACCACUCAUUCUGAGCACUGGCUAUCUCAACGUUCAAGUUCACAACAGUAUUUACGCACACGAUUACUACAAUGCCUAUGUGGCCAACAUGUACCGACUAUACUCCUCUGCUGGCUAUAAAGUCUCUUCAACUCCAGACCAAGGCCUUGAAAUGCCAAACGACUACUACAAUGCCUACGUGGCCAACAUGUACCAGCUCUACUCCUCUGCUGGCUAUGAAGUCCCCUCGACUCCAGACCAAGGUCUUGAAAUGCCAAUGAGCGACAGGAAGAAGAGAAAGAUGCUUCGAGAGCAGGAAAGAAGCAAGGCUGCACUUCAGGAAAUCCUCGCCACCUUAGCCGCAAGUAUUCAGCCAACCUACACACCGGACACUAACUCCUACUAUCAAGGCAAUGGCUAUCAGCAGUCUAUGGUCAACUUGACUGGACAGGUAGCCUACAAUCCCUACCACUACAGUGCUCCUGCCCAAUAUCAAGGAAGUCCAAGCCAGCCACCAACAGUUCAACACGAUCAGUGCAGUGCGAAUGCAAACAGUGCAAAGUAUGACACAUCAAUGAUUGGUUUGCUAAAAUAUGCUGCUAACUUCAAGGCUCCGUUUUAGAAUUGAACUUUAAUGGACUUUUUGCCAAUUAAUUUUUUAACACAUCAUAAUUAUUUUC